GGCGGCGGAGUGGGGAUGGUUCGGUUCCGCGUGCCUCCGAAACGAACCGAGGCAUCAGUCCGUAGCGACGCGUCCCGGGCGUCAGUCGCUGCCAUGAUUUUCGUUUUGUUCUGUGGUUUUCGGCCGAAUGCCGUGGUGCAUUAUGGAUUCGCGGUCCUCGGUCUGCUCUCUGUUCUACUGGUGUCGUGUCCAGUUAACUGCCAGGAAACACUGACCAAUCGGAUGCGUGUAAUCAGCGAGGAUCUGGACCGGCAGCUGAACGGAAUCAUGGCAUCGCAAGGUCUCAACUACACAACGAUUAACACGACCGGGCUGCCCUACAACGCCACCACGAAGUUCAACCCCAAGGGCAUGGGCCAGCUGUACAACGUGACCAACACAUUCAUCGACUGGGUACAGACCAAACAAGCGUAUCCUGAGGGAAUGUUCACCGUCGUGAAUGGACGGCCCACAUUUCAAUACAGUUUGCAAGAAUGGAGGAUCGUGGCCACCCAUUACGGUGGAUUGGCUGGUUUAACUUUCGUUGGACUCCUUUUGGCUGCGAUUUUACCAUGUGUGGGCUUGUUCUUCUGUUGCUGUAGAUGCGCCGGCCAUUGCGGUGCCAGGAGUCAACCGUUCGACAAGAAACACGAUCAUUGUAGGAAAGUGUUGUUGAGUAUGGUGCUGAUAGCGGUCGCUACUAUUAUUCUGUUCGGCGUGGUCUGCGCCUUUGUGACGAACGAGUACAUGCAAGACGGGACCAAGGAGCUUCCCAACAACGUGGAAGUUAGCCUGAAAGACGUCAAGUUGUAUCUGAGCAGCACGAAGCAGGAGAUCAAUAACAUCCUCAAGACUAAUUUCGACGAGCUGGAGAUUAAUUUGAACAACAUCCUCCAGGCAAGUGGCAGAAUCGUGACCGAACAACUCGCGGAGUACUCCCACGCAGUCUCGUUGACCAAUCUAAGCGAUAUCGUGGCUGGGUUGGAGUCCAUCAAGGAGGAUCUCAAAACAAUGCAGACGAUCACCCGCGAUCUAAGGACGAACGCUAGUCAACUGGACAUCGUUGUACGAGGCGUUAAGAACAAUCUUCUUCACACGCUUGCGGCAUGCAAGACCCAAAAUUGCAAACAGGUGUUGCACGAUUACAAAGUGAAUCAGAUGUCGGUUCAAGUAGACUUCGACAAGUACAUGGACCGAUACUUCCCGAAGUUGCCAAACGUCACGUCCGCCUUGAACAAUAUCACGAUGCUGAUGAAGGACAACAUCGUGUCGGAAGUGAGCCAGGGUAAAGAGUCGUUUCUGAAAAUUCAGAAAGACAUUCAAUACGCCGUGAACCAGACCAUCCCAGUGGUCAGCGCGAGCAUCAGGAAUGCCGGCGAUUUUCUGGCCGACCUCGCGAGAAACAUGACAAUGCUCAUCGACAGGAUAAACAACGACAUAGACAAGGUGUACAUGAAGCAAAUAGACGUUGCACGGACGAGCAUCGAUCAGUAUUCACCGUACAGACAAAUGUAUUUUCCCUCCAGGUACUAUCUGGGACUCGGGAUAUCGGGGAUUUUAUUAACGGUCCUAAUGUGUCUCACCUUCGGUCUUUUCUGUGGCAUUUGUGGAAAACGGCCAGACGGUUACGGGGACGAUUGUUGCAACAAAGGAUCCGGAGCACGAUUUCUCAUGAUGGCUGUUUGGAUCAUCUUCCUUCUGACCAGCAUUCUAAUGGUGAUCACGGUAAUACACAUGGUCGUCGGCGUUCUGGCGCAAAGGGCUGUCUGCGAACCUUUGAAGAACCCACAGGAUAACAGGAUGUUCGCUCUGGUCGAUGAAAUCGUACAGAUAAAAAAGAUACUGUACCCCAACAAACCCAAUGCCGAUGUGAACAUGAGCUAUAUCAUAACAAACUGCCAUCGAAACGAAACGUUGUACAAAGUUCUCAAAUUGAAUUAUCUGUUCGACGUGAACACGUUGCGCGAAUACACGGGUCGCUACGACAUCAACAACACGAUCCAACAGCUUCGACGCAAGAUCAGUCUCUCGCCCGGCGUGGUUAUCCUCACGGAGAGCGCAAAGUCGAAAUUGAACGAUCUCGCGCAGAGCGGCCUCAGCGAUAUCAAGUUCUAUCAAUACGUGGAGAUUCUCGCUGAUAAUAUCACGAAUAUCAACUUGGAACAUCUUGCCAAACAAUUGUUGGACGUGUCAACGGAACUGCCAAAGGGGCAGGAUGACAUUCGAGCAAGUUUGGAGAAAAACGCACUUGAUUUGGCGUAUUAUCACGAACAUUUGGUGAGGCCAAUGGCGAUGCUCAGCGAACAAUUGGCAGCCAAGGCUGUGACCCUCGAGGAGAAGAUAAAGUUUAAUCACAGUUCGAUGGCAGAGGCCAUUCACAAUCUCGUCGACGAAGUGACGAAGGCGCAAAAGUUUUUGAACGAAGAUGGGCCAGAAUACGUGCAACAACUGGCUACUAAAUUUGGGAACGCUUUCCUUCGUCAAGUGGACGAUUUCCUCGAGAGGGUUAUCGAUCACGCUUUGUUCCACGUAGGAAGAUGCACGCCUGUUUCGAACGCGUACAACGCCACGCUGGUCGCUGGAUGUAGCAAGAUUUUAGAUCCAUUUAAUGGUUUCUGGGUGAGUGUAGGCUGGUGUUUAAUCCUCUUCAUCCCGACCAUCGUGCUCUGCGUAAAACUGAGCGCGCUCUAUCAAAAAUCGGAUCCUUAUCCAGGACCCCUGGUCGAAGCUGAAUAUUUGUAUGACGCGUAUGCAGACAGGGAUAACAUACCCCUUACCCACGUUCACGACAAGAAAUACGUGUCGCAUAGCAGAGAUCCUUACGCAAAAUACGAAAGCUACGACGGCCCCGCGGGUGGAUACAGCGAUCGGGAAAGGGUACCGGAAGCGCAUCAGAGCACGUCCCACUAUCACCAUUAUUCCAGAUAUUCCGACGUGGCGCCGAAGUAAGUGUUUUGUGAAUUCGAGUCACGAUCUAUCAGGCUAUCAUCAAAAUUAUCA